GUUGGAUGGCAGCGCUUUCUUAUCAACUAUAUCCAUUUAUUUUCCAUCACAUUCUUUGCAACUCAAACACAAAAUUAGUUGGAAAAAAUAAAAAACACAGAAUAAGAAAUUUAAAAAAUGGAUUUGAAAUGUCCCAUAAUCUUGGUGUUGUUAUCGUUCAUAUCCAUUGUGAGUGGAUAUAAAAUUUUAUUUUUGGUGCCAUUUUCGGGCCACUCACACUGGUUGCAACUACAAAAUUUUGUAAAAGAGCUAUUGAAACGAGGCCAUGAAGUAACUGCAAUUGUUAAUUAUCCAAUCAAUAACUUUAAAUCACCGAAUUACACUGAGAUUCUGAUUGAUCCGCCUUUCAAUAUGUCUACAAUUCUUUCACAAGAGGAAGCUCAACAACGCUCUGACGAAAGCUAUUUUGAAAAGAUUCGAUCCUUUGAUAAAUUUUGUACAGAAUCUGGUGAAUAUGGACUGAAUCAUUCAAAUGUUCAAAAAAUCAUACACAGUGAAGAUUUAAAAUUUGAUUUGGUCAUUAAUUCGGACUUCUAUCAUGAGAGUUGGUUUAUGUUCGCCUACAAAUUCAAUGCACCAUUCAUUUCGAUUUGUCCUUAUGAAUAUUCGGAUUCCUUUGAUCGUGCUAUGGGUCUAUUGACACCUAUAUCGCAUGUUCCGAAUAGGUUUCUUCCGUAUGGUGAUGAUAUGUCGUAUUUAGAACGCGUUCAUAAUGUCAUUGUAUCGGCAUAUGAGUGGGCGUUUCGAAAUUGGGUUUUAUUACCAAAACAAAAUGCAAUCGCACAACGUUACUUUGGCCAUCUCGCAAAACCUGGACUGCCAUUACCAAACGUCGGAGACUUUUAUCAAAAUAUCUCUAUGAUUUUUGUCAAUUCGCAUCCAAGUAUUUCAAAGCCACGACCGCUUAUGCCGGGCAUUAUACAAUAUGGCGGAGCACAUAUCAAACCACCGAAACCAUUGCCAGCGGAUUUACAACAAUUCUUAGACGAUUCAAAGUAUGGAGUAGUUUUCUUCUCUCUUGGUUCACAUUUACAAAGCUCCAAACUGCCAAAGGAAAAAAUCGACAUAUUUGUAAAUGCACUGGGAAAAUUGAAACAACGUGUCAUUUGGAAAUUCGAAAAUGAAUCAUAUAAAGUACCGCCAAAUAUUUUAAUUCGAAAAUGGUUACCACAAAGCGAUAUAUUGGCGCAUCCAAAUGUUGUACUAUUUAUAGCACACGGAGGGAUUUCGGGAUUAUUUGAAGGAACGGCUCGCGGUGUACCGAUGAUGUUCAUUCCGUUUUUCGCUGAUCAACAGAGAAAUGCAUUGAAAUCAGUGGCCAGCGGAAAUGCAUUGUCACUAGAAUUUUCAAAAUUGACAUCCGAAUUAUUUGAGGCGACAUUGCAAGAGAUGAUCAACAAUAAAGCCUAUCUUAAUCGUGCCAAAGAGCUGGCAGUACUUUUCAACGAUAAUUUGAUGCAUCCGUUGGAUGAAGCGAUAUUUUGGAUUGAAUACGUGAUACGAUCAAAAGGGGCAAAACACUUGAAGUCAUACGCUGUGAAUAUGUCUUGGUUCUCUUACUUACUCCUUGACAUUUUCAUUAUUCCGGUAAUUGCGAUUUUUAUUAUUUAUCUCGCACUAAAAUCGAUCUCCAAAUCGUUUAUUUCAAGCGACAACAAAAAACGCAAGAAGAUAAAAACAAAAAAGACAAAUUGAAUAAAAAUCAAAGAACAAAUUUCAUGAAAAAUAAACAUCACAAUUUCAUAAUUUU